UUUUGUUUAAAAUAGUUUAGUUGUCCAGUGGUAAAUGAGUUGUACAAAACAUAUCAAGGGUGUCUGCAGUCCCCUUCAAGUAUUUCUAUGUCAAUGCAGGUGACGAAAAUUGUUUCAAAACAUCGACCAAGGUAUAGACAAGCACGCAUUGUCUUUCCAUUGCUUCUUCCAGUGUUAUUUGGUAUCGCAUCACUACAUCCAAUUGCUACUGUGCUUACUCUUCUUUUAUGUUUGAUCGUAUGUUUCAAUGUCGUUAUUGUAGUCGCUCCACCCACAUGUCCCUCAGAAGAUACAUUCCUUUUCUACAGAUCGUCUGAUAGGUAUGACGGGUUUCUAAGUGAUACUAAUGUGAUUUACAAAUGUUCAGUUACUACUCUUUUGUUAUGGUAUUUCACAAUGCUUAUACCUGUAAAUUUGGAGAAUAAGCUACUCUAUAGAGAAAUAAUAAUGUACAAUAUUCUCGUUGUGGUUUGCUUACAUCUUGUGCAAAUUAUACGAAAUAUACAUACACACAGUCUUCACCAUACAAUGCUGUCAAGUUAGUUUGCUUUUGUUUGUAAUUUGUUAGUUAGGUAGAUUUAGCUGUAGGAAGUUUUCUUUGGCAUAUAUUUGUGACCCUCAAGGAGUUUUAGUGUUACCAAUGAAGCAGGUAAUAUGGAGUACAAAUCUGUGACCAUUCGGUUAAAAUCUGGACAUUAAAACCACCUCUAAUUUUUAGCCGUAGUUGAUGUGUAAACAGAGUAUCUAUGUAAUCCGGUGGUCAACCAAGGCAUGCUAUUCUAACUUGUCCACACUAAGUAGAAUAUUAGUAUAGGUCGGAAGUUAUACGCUGACUAAAUGAAAACCGCUAACGACUGAACUAAACAGUGUGAAUAGAGAUAAACAAUACUUAGACACAUUAUCAUCUGUUGAUACAAGUCAUCUAAAUUUCGUGUAUACGUGCGUGGCUUACAUUGAGACCAAUACACGAAAUUUAUUGACAACGAAAGGCUACUUACCUAAAGUGAUCGCCUUCAGAGGUUUUAGGAAAUGCAACGUAGUCCUGGUAAGUGUAAAAGACUAAAGGAAUCUAGAAACCUCAGUCGUAAUGAGGCAUCGUUGAGAAGGCUCUCCUUCCAGCAUCGAAAUCCAUUGUAAAACGAAUCGACCUAAAUAAAUAGCUACGUUAACCCAAAUAUUUCGGAUUAAUUCAAAUGUUAUAUACACUGAUGGGUUUUAAUGGAGUUACACCUUGACAAUCUAUGUACAGACGUCGAAAUUUUGGGAUCAUUACGUUGGCUAUAAUUACGUGAGAUCCGUCAUGGGUUGAUAUGCUCUAAAAUUUGAUUUUUGUUCUGUAAUUUUUAUACGAAAAAUUCCCUUACAAAAGAAUGUUUCUGUUACGUCAAAUAUUUGUUAUUAGAUUCCCAAUAUCUUGGAAAUAAACCAGAGAAAAAUGGAAGUAAGCUCACUGUAUUUGGGUUAUGGAAACACACUGUAUGUAUAUUUCGUGAUACUAAUGUGAGUGACGUUUGCUUUUUCCCAUUGGCAUAGUUCAAAGGUCGUCAGUUAAAUUUUUUAAAAGUAGAAACCGCAAAACCACCAUUUUAUGUUCUGGGAGUAGCUGGUUAGCAAAUAUUAAAAGCUUCAGUGCAACACACGAGUCUCUAUACAUGAGCGUAUAUGAAACGCAUACAUAAUAUCAUCUAUAUGUAUACAUAGAAAGUAACCAAACGCUUAGAAAAAUUAUAUGACCCAAGUUGAAAAUCAAAUCGUUUAGCAAAUAUUUCACCUCAAUUACAUUGCGGAACCAUUUACCAUUGAUUUAUUUUGUGUAGUAUACACAUGUUUUUGCACGGACAAGUAAAGUGAUCAGGUCAAAUUGAUUGGGGUUAGUCGUCACCUAAGAAUUAAAAUUUUCAAGCUUCACGAGAUCACUAAUUUAAUCUACAGAGGUUAUGUUAAAAAACGUAGUCAAAAACCUCAAUUACUUGAUAUUAUGAUGAAAACACGCUGUUUCAGGUGACAGAUAUCUUACCAGUUGCUGAAUUUCAUGGUUAGAAUUUCUGAGUGGCGGCGCUGUCCACUAGGUUAUCACACCCUAAAUUCCCUAUCGUGAGAACCCAUACGGCGUGCAUUUUUUCUCACUUAAAUGAUAUUCAUUUCUCCAGUUUGGAUGUUGAAUCAUAUGUUCAAACCUAAUCAUUUGUGAUAUCACUAAUUGCUAAGUGAAUAACACUGCCGCUUUAACAUCACUUCAAUAUAGAAAUCGAUGAAUUGUUUAAAUGGCCUUCACUUCAUGACAUACAGUUUUGUUAUCUGAUGUACUCACUCAUACAUCAACCAUACUAGAAGUAUUUGCAAACCUACACCUCACUUGUAUUCCAUGCCUAUCAACCUGAAUAUGAGGCACUACCGCAUAACAUAAACUGGGGUUAUUCACAUCGUAUGUUAACCUAAGAACUAAAUCUUGUGGAGGAGUAUAUAUGCAACAAUCAGAUACCAGUCCUCGAAGUUACUUUCGAGUUGGCCCAAAGUAAGUAAAAAAAAUCCAUUGUUAAUAAAGAAAUGAUACAAUUUGUCACAUUUCGCGAUUCAAUCCAAAUCUGUUUAACACUGACUCUUGAAACCCGUACACUUUGUGCACUACGAAAAAUUAUCUGAAGAGUUGUGCAUUAAAUUUAUUUAAUGAAAUCCUUUUGCUUUUAUCGUUUAUAUAUCUCAAGAAACAAAAUUUCGAAGGAGAUUGGUAUUUUUCGUGUAUGAAUAUAUUUGUCAGCAAGUCUAAUCGUGCUUGGUCCAUCGUUUUACUGACUGUUUGUGUUACGCUCACUUUCUACUCUACUAAUUUAGCCCUCACAUCUGUGUGCACACCAAAAAUAUACUUCGAUUGGUUUUUACUUCCACAUGAUUGCACCUUCAUUUAUGAUGUUUAUAGCAGAGCCUGGGUAUUCGUAACAGGAUUAUUUUGGUUAAUGACAUCUGUUAUACCUAUAAGUUUUCUUUUCCAUGAACUUGCUGUCUAUAUACGGCGCCGUUCAAAAAACUGGUAGAAUUUCUUAACCGUUUAGUUAAUUAACAUCUUAUAUUUUGAAUUAUUACCCAAAGUUUUAUAACUGAAGUUCUGUGAUAUCAAUUUUUUUCCAUAGUGAUUACCACAAAUUUCACAUAGUGGCCUAAAUAUAUAAUGAAUACGAUACCAAUGUUUUUUGAGUUUCACGUCCAGCGGUUAAAAUGUUGAAAAUGCUUAGUAGUUGUUUAAUGAAUUAGUGAGUUAUUGUUUAGCAAUAGAUAAUAUACUUGGGGAGUAUAUGUCUACUCCUAAAGUUCUUAGAUCCUUAAAAUACUAUACAUCCACCUUCGAAGUUAUCAGUGAAAUUAUUCCAAUAAAGCACUUUUUAGAAGGAUAUGAUAUUUAAAAUUAACCCAACAUUUAUUCUCUUUAUAGAUCUCGUACUUAUUAAUUCGCUUUCGAAUGCUUUAAGUCUUUCUGCCAAGUAUGUGGAAAAAGUAAACUUGAACGACUUGAAAAUACAAGCGCACGUUAAUUUCAUUGUCACUGGUUUGGCGUCACAUCCAUCAAUAAAAAUGGUACUUGACAAAAAUGCAAAGUUGCAUUUGAAUAAAUCCAGAUUCUCCACAUGCUAAGAUGAGUAGUAAGUCAAAAUACAUCAUACGAAAAAUAUAUGGAUGUUCAACCAAAGUGCCUUCAAACUGCUUUGUUGAGUAGUUAACUGGAAACCUCACCAUCGAUAUCUAUUACUUUCCCAUAUUCUCGCUAAAGGAGAUUCUGUCCAGAAUAAUUAACCAUGUUCUGAAUCACCAGAUGCUUUUCCUUAGAAAUUUAAAAGUAAUACUUGGUGAGCAGCGCUGACGGUAGUGAGACUAUAAUUUAUGGACGACUUCGAGCGACGCUAAAAAGACCUUGAGAGUGUCCACGUACAUAUUACGUCCAAAUCAGUGUUAUAAGCCAGUAUGGGGAAUUACGAUUAGUAUUUACAGUUGAUAGUUAGGGUUAGGAAUUAGAUUGAACUUUUCAUCACGAACUGACAUCAGCUAUAAUCCCGAAACUUUAGCCACAUAAAUAAAUUAAUUUUGCGCCAAAAUUUAAGACCUGUUAUCGUAAGUCUGAUUCAUCCGUCCAUAAAUUAUAGUCUCGUCCUGAUGGUCUGUUGUCUAAAACGUUUCCAAUGAUGACCGAAUGGUAGAGACAAUUAGCCACUGAAUAGCUGCAUGGCAUAAUUAGUAACUCCAUCAUGGAUUACUCCUAAUGGUUUGAUCUAAUAUUAAGGAAAACUACCCAAGAAUUUUAUGCCACAUGUCAGUGAGUAAAUCAUAUGGAAUACAAACUUGAAAAUCAAACGAUAAUUAUAAAAUAAUGUCACUAAGAAUACAAAAGAUUACUUGCAGGAAUAAAAAUAUAAUCCUUUUAGUGGCAAAUAAUACAAAACUCGAUUAAUUUAGUGUAUUGGGACUGGUCUGCUGACAGUUUUACACUGGUGAGCGUUCAGUAAGUAGGAUUUUUUCUCAAAGGCGAACCAUACUAUUGAUACAGCAUCAUUUGAAUAGUGCUUCAUUAAGUACUUAUUUUUUACAGCUUGAUUUACCUUCAGUAGUGGUACGGGUUAGCGCAAUAUAAUAUGCAUUAGUUGGACCUUCCUGAGUAUCAUGGAAACCCAAUGGCCCAAGAUCGCAAUCAGCACACGUUAGGUAACGAAAUGUGCUUACGCUGUUUGUAAAUCCAACAUUUUCAAAUGCGUACAUAUCGUUAACACACCAAAAUUCUUCAGUUAGUUCCGUAGGGAAUUCUUUGGAGGGAUUAGAUAGUUCCGAUUUUUUAGCAAAUACGGGCAAGUUGUGCUAAAAAGAACAGGAGAAUACUUCCUUAUUCAUACUGUUCCAAGAAUAGACGUAGUGUUUCUUUGCUGAAUGUGAACUGAGUAUUAAACAGAAAAUUUAAAAUUUAUUGACUCGAAAUGUCAUUCUAUUUGUUGCACAGAAUGGUGUUAGGAAUUGGUCCCUUUAUUGACGUUGAAAACCAACAGCGGGACAGCAGUUAUCUCUACUUGAUAUAAGCUAGGAAUAUUAUAAUGCGGUUAACAAAGCAUCUGGGAGCUUGUUAGAAAAGUGUGGUUGCUAAGUGUCAACACCCUGGGAUUUUUAUAUUUUGUCACAAACGCGAUGUUAGCAGAUGAUGGAAUUUUUACAAUAAAAAGUAGUACAGUGACAAAAUACUAAAGCAGUUGAUGUGACAACCAAGAUUGUCUAUUGACACUCUGACCUGCUUUUUUCGUAGAAUGAAUAAGAAAUUUUAUUAAAUGAACAAAAAUUGAGGGUGCAACUAAGCUAUGCAUUCUGUAGGUUUAGUUGGCUUAUAUAUUUUUGACAAUCACUAAUGCACUUUGACAAAUUAUGUCCAACCUGUUAUAUUUGUUUCGUACCAGUGCAACUUAGUGUUAAAUUGAAUGAGGUAAUCAACUAACAAUACAUUUUACGCAAAAUAUUUGAAUCACACAGAGACCAGAGUUCGUGUGUACCCAAAUAUCGCUACAACAGAAUAAAAGUGUGAGGUUCCCCCUACCAACACACACACUGGGCAACUAGUUGUUAGCGGGAAAUAGACUGGAUUAAAGCAUGCUCAAUGCACGAUUGCUUUGGUGCAUGCUGAUUGGCCAAUUCUUAUCCACUCAACGCUAGUUGAUAGUUGGAGAAUACUCUGGAAUCUUCUCAUGUAAAAACUAUAAAUAUACUAACGUUUUCUCUAUUAUGCUUUUUACUUGCUUCUUGCUUCCAUCUAACCUUGUUAUUUGGAAUAUAAUCUCUUUGCUGUUC